GGGCCGUUCCGGGACGUUGUUACUGACGCUCCGCGGUCGCCCGGGGCCGUCGGCGGGAGCMGUAGAGGGAGCCCGGCCGGGUUCUAAAAAUGGAAUGGGGAGGAGAGUAUUCUUUUGAAUCUUCCAAUUUAGACUGCUUGUUAAAUGUGCUCCCUGGAGAACUGGAAUUUCAGCAGAUCCUUAGUGAUCUUGAUGAGAAAAUAAAGAAGAACUCUUCCAGCAUAGAAAAGUGUCUUAAAGACCUGCAAUCUGACAUAAAUGAAACAUGUGCUGAUGAAGUACUACACAGCACAACUGACUGCAUACAGUGGCUAAAUAACUGCAAUUUUAGUUCUCUCAGACUUUCUUCUACAGACCACGGAGAGCUGCUGGAGUUCCUCAAGACCCUGCAAAGCUUGCUGAAGAAUGAGAAAAAUCAAGAAGAAAUGGUACUUCACUUCCUUCUGGAUCUCUCAAGUCAGUGUGGUGUCUCAUUUCCCUGUACUGCAAGUGGGACGUCUUUUGAGUUAACGUCUUCCCUUCAUACCAUUCAAGAUGAUUCAGCUGUGGAUGUGAAAUCUCUUUGGGAUGAUGUGAGAUUGCAUCUUAGACUAUUUUUGGUAAAUAGAAUGCAAAGUCAAGAAGAAACCAACACUAAUGCUUUACAACAACAAAUGGAGUUUAAAACUCAGUGUCUACAGCAGCUUCUGUUUCUUUAUCCCAAAUCAGAAGUCUUAACGAAGUAUCAAAAUAUGCAGAAUAAACUGGUUAGUGAUCUUCUACAGAACUGUAUUUUGUCUAGUUGUGGUGAAACAAAUUUUGAUAAGGUGGUUCAUGGUUACCAAAGUUCCAUACCCAGACUGUGCACAAUGAUAAAAGAGGAUUUGUAUAUACUAAGUGGAACUAUUGGUACAUCUUCAUCAUUAAAGUUUAUUAAUGAAACUUACCUGGAUACCAUUACUGAAGAAAUGACAGUUCUUCUUGAAAGACUUUGUGAGCUGCAGUUCAAAGAAAAUGCUCUACAUAUAGUUAAAGCAAACAAGAUUUCAAAGAAGCAUAGAGGAGCAGUUCACACUGUGGCUUCCCAGGAAUACCACAAGAAAGGACGGAACUUCUGCUUAACCUUGUAUCAACUCAAAUGUCUUUCGCAACUUAUCAAACUCUUUUUAUUAAUGGAGGAUAAAACUGAAGAACUCUCUACAGAAAUUCUGCUGCUGCCUUCAUUUAUGGAGAGGAAUAAGAAUGUUCAAGGAGUUCUGAAGAGAGCUAGUGGGGAGCUUUUAAUAGGAGAAACUAGAGCAAAUGAAACCAGCGUGCUUCCUGAACAGUUACUUCAGGUAGAAGAGCCUAUUUUACUGAAUUUUGCCUGGAGAAAUGCAUUUAAAGACCUGUCUUCUUCUGUGGCUCACUGUGUAACAAUAGCAAUUGAGGAUUUUUCAUCUAAAAUUCUUCAACACGAGGAGAAAAAAGAGUUUUCAUCUGCGGGCUGUGCAAUGAGUCUUGUAAACAACCAGCAAAUGAGGGAGUCCUGCAGAGCAGGCCAACAGGAGGAGCAACCAAAACGAAUUGCUAAGUUUUGUUUUGACAUCAUGGAAGAACUCGACACAUUGCUUCCACUGGCUCUGGCCUGCAGAGAUGAUUCUCUUCAGGAAAUUAGAGCAAACUUUGUAGAGGCCUGCAGCAAAGUGGCAACAGCUGUCCUGGCAAGACUAGAGGAGAAAAGCAAAGAUGUUCCCUUGAAGGCUCCCCUACAAGACUUGUGUGCUGCGCUAUCCACAGCAAUAUAUGUCUUUCAGCAUUUUACAAUGUAUAGCAAUUUAAUGAGAGAAACGAGCAAAAAACCCCUGUUUGUUGUGCCUGUCCAGCAGUAUCAGGAAUUCAUCAACAUUCUCCAGUUUCAAGUUACAAACUACUGCAUCAGAAUUUGCGCUACAAGCAUUUUACAGGAUGCUGAAAGCCACUACUGGGAUGACUACAAAGCUUUUUAUGAGGGGGAAAGAUGCUCAUUCUCUGUUCAGAUGUGGCAUUACUUCUGCUGUGCUCUUCAUCAUGAUCUAUGGAAUAUUCUACCUCCAAAAAGAGCCCAGGAAAUUCUUACAGAUGUGCUUGAACAAUCUUUGGGCAUUCUGUCCUCCAGAUAUUGUCAGGUGUGUCCCAGUUACAAAAGAACACCGCAAAUCAGAAUUGAUAUUGCAGCGAUUUUGAUGUCCACUGAAGAUAUGCUCUGGUCAAUUUGUAGUUCUGUGCAGGAGUUUCUGAAUCCUCACGAAGACAGAGAUCUCAAGAUCUGUAAAAUACAUAGCCACUGUAAUAGUCUGAUCUCUGUGCUGGCUAUUUUAACCUCACCACUGAAGAAUUUGUAUGAGACAUUUCUGGAUAAUUCUGAUGAACACCUUCCUCAAGAUUUUUCAGAAGUCUUUUAUCAUCCUUUACACUGGUUAUUUUGCAUACCAUCAUCCUGUUUUUUCUUACUGAAGACUCCAUCAGCCAGAGAAAUGGCAGGCCAGGGUCAGCUGAAGCUGCUCUUAUCCCAGCCAUACUGUAAUUUGAACUUGCUUUUGGAAACAUUGCUACACCAUGAUUGUCUCUUGGUGAAAAUUUUGCUGAGAAGYUCAAGAAAUGAAGCACUGAAUUGUGAUGCACAAAGUUCUCUCUUGGAGCAGGAAAAUAACAAAGAGCCCACUCUGAUUGAAACAAUCUUCACAGUAUUGUCUUACUGCACUUUAUCACCCAAAUCUCUUGGCAUUGCUUUUGAGUCCUACAUGGAAAAAGAGCUGUUGUGGAAUUACUUACACAAUAUGACAGUUUCCAGUUGUGGAGAGUCAGAACCAGAAGUUAUCAGAUGCUUGAAGUUGACUUUGAUUAAUUCAGUCAAGGGUAUAGUGAAACAGAUAAUUUCUUUGAUGCAUUCAUGGGAGGCAACAGAAAACUAUGGAACAUACCAGCACAAGCAAAUAGUUCCUGAAAGUUUACUGAAAACUGUUCCAAAGGAAUGGAAUUACACUCCUCGGGAAAUGAAGAGAAAGGAAUCUGGGAAAUGCUUCACAAGGCUUGCAGCUCAGGCAGUAUCUAUUGUAAUCAGCAAGUUACCUACAGUGAUUGCAUGUUUGCCUCCCCCAAUUAAAUACUUCUUUUUUCUGGCUGAGAGAAAAAUGUCAAGAAACUUUGCUGAAUUGAAGAAAGCUGGUCUGCUUGUCUGGAACUUGAUUGUAAUUAUAUGUCGGAUAUUUGAGGAUGGAAAUACUGCAGAAUUUUUAACAGGUGCAACACUUGACAGAUGGAGCAAAGAAAAACUCAGUUUAGUUCGUGUGUGCUUAGAAAGUAUUAUGGGAAAACAGAAGAGUGGUCCUAAGCAAGUGACCCAGAAGAUUAUACAAAGCAUUGAACAGCAAAGACCAAACUGGAUUGAAAACCAGUUGCUGAAGGCAAGAAAAUUGAGCAUAGACAGUGCUUCUGUCACAGCUAAAGGUGCAACGGUAGAGGAAGGAGGUAUUGCAGUUGGAUUCACUGAGCAGAAUAUAAACAUGAUGGUCCUGGAUAUCUGCCACAAACCAGGUGGUAGCGAGUACCUGAGGCAAAUUUAUCACAUCAUCCGGCUCAAUGAGGAAUAUUUGAAAGAGCAGCUGUCUUGUGAGAAUUCUUCUGAAGACGGUGUUACCUCCAGUCAAUGCCUGCCUUUGACGCUGAAGGGCAGAGAAGAGCAGCCUGUUUUCAACCCUUUUGAGGUGUACAGACAAUCUUGUGCAAAAGUAUUCAAUCAGUCAGCCAUUACUGAAUGGAACUGGGAUUGGUCACACUUGCUGCCUGGUCAUUUGGGACUGAAUCAGAUGGCCUUCAGGGUGCUGCUGACACACAGGUGGGAGAUGAAAGAAGAUGCAGAUCUUGAAGAUGAGGAGGCAGUUAUGGUGGAACACUUAAAGAAUGUUUAUUUGACACAAAGCACUCCUAUCUCAGAGGAUAUAAAAGAACAAUUACCUUAACUGAUUUUGGGUAGCACCUUUUUUUCUGAAUUCAACAAGAUUAAUUUAAUGCCAUAACUCACAGGACUAGAGAGUUCAAAAAAAUGUAUCAUGAGUUUUAAACUAGAGUAUUCCCCUGUUAUUAUCUGAUCACCUCAUCCAGGAAGCAAUUGUUAAUACUUGGAUAAGGUGAGCAACAAUACAAGAAAGUGUCAUUGUCACGAAACAAGGAGGGUUUAUCACAUUACUGCAGAGGCACAAACCUGAACAACAAACUAAAAGUUGUUUUAAAAAUAUAAAACUCACUCUUAAAAUAAUGAAACUUUAGACACAGGCUAAGCAAAUACUCCUGGUUUCCAUCCACUAGUUUGGAGCUGAUGUAGCCUGCUCCCAGUUAAUGUCACUCAAGGACCUUUUCUCUCCUUUGGUGCUUGUAUAUUAAAUCACCCAAAAUACAUGAAAAGGGAUGGUAUAGACCAUAUACCUACAGGACUUUUUGAAUUGCUCCAGGAUAAGUAAGCUUGGUCAUUAUUCCCAAUUAAAAAUGCAUCAGCUUUGCUGCUCUCACAAAUCUUCAUUUGAACCCAGUGUAUUUUAUGGCUUUAAAAACACAUUAUAAAGAAACUUUAGAAAUUUUGAGAAGCACUUUUCUGUUUAAAAGAAUUAUUUACAGGCAGUGCUCCGAGGAUUUUCUUAACAGUGAACUGAGAAAAUAAUAAGGAAUUUAAUAUUUAUUUUUGAUAAAUAUAGUAAAAUUUCAUUUUCAAAGUAAUCUUCGUUUGAUAUUCAAAAUUUUGUGACUGGUAAAUAUUUUUCUGAAUGGUAAAUAUUUUUCUAACACACUUGUUACAACUAUCAACAUGGCAUUAUUUUUUACACAGAAGUUAUGGUUAGCAUGUCUUUAGCUCUACAGAAAUAAUCCAUAAUUUUUCUGUUAGUUUCUUUCAUUGGAAGUCCAAUGGAACUGUUUUCUCUGCCUGAUGAAAGACUCUGGCAAGAUCUUGCUAAGGGUGCAAUCUGAGCAGAGUUWUUCAUGUUCCCAGCACAUCUUCAUAAAGAUGCUAUUGUGGACAUAACUUAGACUACUUGAAUAUAAAGUAUCAAACCAUUUAAAAUAAAAAUGUGGACAAUUUUGUCUCACAAAUCUCUAAAGAUCUUGUUACAACACUGCAUCAACAAAAGCGCUGUGAGGCACUGGAGCUUAAAAAUGCUCAAAAUAAUAAUUAAAGAAUAAAAUAGAGUUUUCCUGCCAGUGUAAUAAUUUCAGAUUGAAAGAAGUGUAAAAACUCUUUGUCUUUGCUUUGCAUUUUACCUUUGAAGAUUAGUGGUGAACUUCAGGUUUAAAACAUGUCUACAGGGAUCAUCUGUGAUGGCAAGUUUAGUAUUCUGACAAAUGAGGCACACAUGCUCCGAAGCCAUACAAAUAACGUAUUUGUGUACAUGGAAACUGGAGUUCGGAAUAUUCUCUCCUAUUUUAUCAAAAUCUAUUGUAUAUAAUUAACUUUUUGUAUAGUCACAUAAAGUGCGUGUGUUGUGAAACUGGUUGAAAUACUUCUUGUGAAAAUGCUCCCCUUCUGGGGAAUACCUACUCUGAAGAGGAUAAAUUUUGCAAGUGAAUAAGCUAAGUGAGAAUAAAUCCCCUCACUUACACUUAAGUGGGAAUAUCCAUAAAGGGAGUUAUUCCAAAAUGGUUAUUAUCCUCUAAAUUCACAGUGCAUGGGGUUCUGGAGUCAUGUGUAAGCAGCCAUAUUUUUUAAAAUAUCAUUCUUUAUGUCCCUUCCUCCUUUCUCUCCCUGCCACAUUAAUUCAGCAAUGAACCAUGGGGCAGCAGUAGGACUGCUUUUGUCUUUCCCUUUAUGAUUAUAKAGUCCAGCUCUUAACCUAGCUCUGGCUUCCCACCACCAAACCGUGUCCCAAAGUACCACAACACAUCUUUUAAAUUCCUCCAUGGAUGGUGACUCCAUCACUAUCCUGGGUGGCCUGUGUUGGGGCUUGAUAAGUUUUUCACUCAAGAAAUGUCUCCCAGAAUCCAAUCUAAAACUACCUUGGCACAGCUUAAAGCCAUUUCCUUCCAUCCUGUCACCUCUUACCUGGGAGAAGAGGCCAAUCCCCACCUGGCUACUGGCAGCUCUACAGACCGAUAAGAUCUGUCUCCCCUCAGACUCCUUUUCACCAGGCUUAACAUGCCCAGAUCCCUCAGCUGCUCCUGAUCCGAUUUGUGCCCCAGACCCUUCCUCUGUCCAGCUCCAUUGUCCUUCUCUGGACUUGCUCCAGAACCACAAUGUCUUUAUUGUCAUGACGAGCCCAAAAAUGAAUCCAGAAUUCACCAGUGCUGAGUAAAGGGGGACAGGGGACAGGACCACUUCCCUGGUCCUGCUGGCUGCACUAUUUCUAUUUCUGCCAUUGACAGUCUUGGCUACCUGGGCACACUCAGGCUCAUGUUCAGACAGCUGUGGACCAACCAUUUUUCUGCGGUGCUGUUUUCCAGUCACUAUGCCCCACACCUAUGGCAUUGAUUGGAGUUGUGACCCAAACAGAUGUUGAUCCUCAUUCACUGGCUUCAGCCCACUGAUCCAGCUUGUCCAGAUCCCUUGUAAGGCCUUCCAACCCUCCAGCAGGUCAACACUCCUGCUCAGCUUGGUGUCAUCUGCAAACUGACUAAUCCCUCAUCCAAAUAAUUGAUAAAGAUAAUAAACAGGAUAAUCCCCAAUACUGAGCCUUGGGGAAUCCCACUUACGACUGGCCAAUUACUAAUAUGCAUAAGACCAUAACAUAAAAGCUAAACCUUUGCACAGUAUUUUAUUUGGAUCUUUUUCUAUCCAAACCUCUAUAUGCAUCUUUUAAGAGUAUCUGAGUGCAAGUGAAUGUGUGUUUCAAAUUGAACUUAAACCACAACCUUACUUAGAAAUACCAGGGUUUGAUUUUGCUAGCAAUGUAACCAUUCCAAUAACUGACCUUUAGGGUAUAAAAAAGACAUCAUCUUGGCAAUAGCACUUAAUGCUGAAUGCACAUUUCUACAACAUUCAUAUUUGAUUGAACAGAUAUUGUUCAAUCAAUUUACCAUAAUAAUUAGAAUUGUAUAACUAAGACUAAUUGUACAACAUGUUGUUAAGUAACAUGUCAUUAAUUUAUCAAAAUGGCUUGUUUUAAACUUUAAUACUUAAUUGAGGAGUGACAGAGCUGACCGUUUUUCUAUUGCAUAGAUGUAUUCCACAGAUGUUUGUGUAUAAAAUUAGGAAUAUUUGUACAAUUCUAAGACUGCUGGUUUCUUUGGCUUUUCUUCAUAAAACUAUAGUUCUAUAUUCUUUAAAAAGUUCUGCUGAUUCUAAAAUUAACAAGAUUAAAUUAAUUUUUGAGAGUAAUGCAAUGUCCUGUCUCUUUUACACUACUUAUUGAUCCAGGAAUGUGCCACAUAUGUUUUGCCUAAACAAAUGAAAGCAAUAGGAGUCAGAUUUGUUAGCUACAGUGUGGGUCCUGUGUUUCAUGACCACUGCAAUCUGAUCAUGGAAAGCUGGUCAAAAAAAAGAGCUAAAGUCCAUUGUGUACAACAGGCCUUUCUAAGUGGGUCAGAGAUGGCCUCAUUGGCUCAACUGAGUUAGCUCAAAAGGAAGGUAUGGUAUUUAUAGAAACUAAUUGAAUCAGAUACUACAAACUAGGUAACUAUACAAUAUUAUUGAUGCUCACACCUAAUCAUCAUUUAACAAUUUCAUAUACUUAGCCCCUUUUACAAAACAGGCUUCAAUAGGAGACUUGAUGGCAUAGAGUAUCUCUGAUUAGGUUUGUUUAAUGUCCCCUUCAGAAUGCUCCAAAUCUUAACAUCUUUUAUCUUUUGAAAGGCAAUUAAUAAAAUUAGAAGCAGGGUAAAUUUUAAAUUGCUUUAACAAUGAUGAAACUGAAAAAGAGAGGAGAAACAGAUAUUUUUGGAAUAGACAGGCGUUUAGACACAGCCCUGCUUUCUAAUGACUGCUGGCCUGACAGACUCCCAUAGAUCAUGCAUCAUUCUAGGAGAGGGAAUUUGACAUGCAACUACACUAUUUGCUCAGGAAAUACAUGCAAUGAAAAUGGUUGUUCUCUAAUUCACCUCUAUCUCAUCACAGCAGUGCAUGGUAGGCAUGAGGCUGGCUUCUUCCAAUUAGCUUCUUCUGGAAAUAUUCCAUUUCGCUCUCAGCUGGGAGGUCUUCACAAAGUACUAGUGAAUCUCAUGUACAGUAAAACAUCAAUUAUAUGCUAAUAUAAUACUAUUUUAUGGAGCCWCUUAAAAAUGUGUGCAAUCAUUUCUAGUGACAAACACUAGUCACACAGAAUUAGACCCACUGUCCAAUUGGACAAUGAGAUUGAAAUGAGAGAGUAACUUGAUGGUAUCAGGGAGAUUUCUAAGUGACUAUAUAGAUCUUGAGGAGGUUCUGAUUGGAGCUGUCCUGGUUUUGCUCGGUCUGGUUUUUUGGUGGUGGGGGGAUGGGACCAAGAAAUCACAAAGAUGGAUCCUGUGAGGAAGYUCUGGAAGCUUUCUCCAUCUUCUCCAGCAAAAGAAGCCUUGUGUCCUGUGUUUUAGAACCAAUCCAUUGUGGCUCUGAGGUUGAUGGACAGGCURCUGCUCAGGCCUGGGCCAAUUGCACAGGUUGGUUACACCUCUUUGAUUACRUAUGGUCUUGUACUUAAGAAUAAUUCAAAAUAAGUUAGGGGCAGCCGCCAUGGAGUGUUUAGGUUGUUAGUAUUUAGUUUUAGUAUCACACACUGGGGAAAAACAGACCAGGAGGGUGAAGAGAUGCAAGAAAAAAUGGAGACCCAAGAUGACAGUAAGGAGAAGACAGAUAUUGUUGCUGUGGUGCUUGAACAUGGAGAAAACAAGCUGUUCUCGAAAGGACUAUUUCUUCAAUGAGAGACCUGUAUAGAAAAGAGAGGCCCUGCACCUAAGAUAAAGAAGAAAAACCUUGUCUUGGAGGACUGGACUGAUCAUAAGCCAAAAAGGGGGAAGAGGUGGCCCCCCUAUGUCUGAAGUGAGUCGAUGCUUAGAAGGAACUGUGUUCUGCCAGGAGAUUUGAGAGAGUGGCCUUGCCCUCAGAAUGAAGCAGCUGGCCUUGGAGGACUGUCUUCCUUUCUCCCAAGAGGUAAAGAAAAGGAAUCCCAUGCCACCAGCAGUUAUACACUGACUCUUCUUGGGAAAAGAACUUCCACUGCUUGGAGCUGCAAGGACUCUUCUCCUAUGGUGCUGGACGAUAACCGUAAUGAGUAGUCUGAUCUAUGUUAAAACUUUCAUCCCUGCCCCCCUUGUGCAAGGACGGCAUGGAGGGUGGGGAGGGAUGGCCUCGGAGAGACAGGUUCGCAGAAAGAAUAACAGGUGUCUUAAAAUGUUCCCUUUUUUUCUUCUCAUAAAUUUUUCCCUGUCUUUGUUCCCCUCCCUUG